UUGGCAACGAUGAGGCCAGAAAAUAUGGAAUACUUCAGGACUAUGCUUACUGAGAAAGAAAUUUACUUCUUCAGCAACUUUAAGUUGUUCCCUAUCAGGCCUAGCUAUCAUCCAUGUCCAGGUGACUAUAUGAUAAAAUUUGACAGGAAUACAAAGAUUGAAAAGGCUACACAGACUGCCAAUAUUAUCCCACUCGAGAAGUUUCAUUUUGUUGAUUAUGCUGAAAUGCAAGGCAGAGUUCGAAAUAAAGUGCAGCUAACAGAUAUGAUAGGGCAGAUUGUCAAUGCUGGACAUCUGAAUGAGAUAUAUGCCAAUAACAAAACAGUGAGGCUCCGUAAGUUGGACUUCCAGGAUGAGAUGAUGAAUGUCAUAUCAGUUACACUAUGGGGAGAUUUGGCAAUAGAUUUUGAUGGUCGGAAAAUCCUUAUGGAUGCUAAAAACAAGCCAGUGAUCAUAAUCUGCGCAGCGAUGAUGGUUUCAACAUUCUCAGGAAAAAAUAUCUUGAGUAGUAUAUCUUCUUCAAAGGUAUAUCUCAAUCUGGAUAUUCCAGAGGUUCAUCAGUUAAGAGAAAGGAUAGUUCAACCUGUGGAUUUCAAGAUUCUGCCAUCUAGCCUGGCUGUGCUGACAAAUCCAGAUGAUGAGAUGAAAAAAAAUAGGAAGAAGAUAGUUGAGUUAUUGUCAUUGAAUGUCGAGCAAGAUGCUGUGAGUAUGAAGGCUAUCAAGCUUAUGUAUAUCUUAUUAGAAUAA